CACUCCCAAUUCUGAUCUGCCCUCACCCUUCAUUUUUCUCAAACAAAGCUCAGCAUCUAGGCCCCAUGUCUCCUAUUCGUGUUGGUUUGAUCGGUCUUUCUGGUGCACCAUCCGACCAGUAUCAGGGCACUGGUUGGGCUGCUAUGGCGCAUCUACCCUAUCUUCUUGACUCAGAUGCGUAUACUCUGGCUGCCUUAUGCAAUACUUCUGUGGAGUCAGCGAAGAACGCACUCAAGUUGCACAACCUACCCGAAUCCAUAAAAACAUAUGGCAGUGUCGAGGCACUUGCCGCUGAUCCUGAUAUCGACCUCAUCGUGUCAUGUGUCCGCGUAGACAGGCACUAUCCGACUGCAGUCCCUGCUCUCCGUGCCGGAAAAUCAGUCUUUGUCGAGUGGCCGCUUGGAGCUAAUUUGGAGGAAGUGAAGGAGAUGGCCGCCAUUGCAAACGAACACCACGCGAGGAAUUUCGUGGGUCUACAGGCAUCAUUCUCUCCAUUGGUCAGGCGGGUCAAGGAAUUGGUAGAUGGCGGUAGGGUCGGUAGAGUUCUGAGCAGCUCGUAUUCUUCUGCCCUAGGAAAUGGAGGGGCUACGGAAAGUUGGACUGUCGACUAUUUCACGAAGCGGGAGGUGGGUGGAAACCCUAUCACUAUCGGUAUAGGGCAUGCUUUGGAGUCCAUCGAGUAUAUUCUCGGCUCUAUCGAUUCUUUCCAUAGCGUCGUACUCAACGGCCAUCCCGUCGUCGACAUCAUAGCGCGCGACGGAUCUAUCGUCGAGAAAGGACGCAAGAAGACCGUUCCCGACCAAGUCAUGUUCCACGCUAAGACCUCGAAUGGCGCUAUCUUCUCCCUCUACUCGCGCGGCGGAAAACCCUUCCCAGGCACCCCCGCCCUCGAAUGGCGCAUUCACGGUGAGACUGGCGAAAUUCGUAUCACUUCGCCUACAACGUUCUUGAACGUCGGGCAUCCCGAGAGCAAAAUAGAGCUCCACGACCAGAAAACAGGUCAGGUUGAAGUGGUAGAACCUUUGAAGGAUGAGCUAGAUCAUUUGCCAUUGCCGGCGAGGAAUAUCGGGAGGAUGUAUGAGUUGUUUGCGAAGGGUGAGGAAGGAAUCCAAGAUUUCGAACAUGCAGCGAAGAAACAUCGGUUCCUCGCGGAACUAUUCCGUCAAUACGAUGCUCAGGCAUGAUGUAUGUUUCUUCUUGCUAAGACUAGUCUAUACCCUAGGAUAACGCACUAACGUGCUAUGUCAAUAGUCUCCUCAUGUUAGCACUAGGUUUUGCGCGUGCGUGUACGAUACGUCCUUUUAUCAACCCCACAGUCGUGGAACCUCAUCAAGGUUUCUCAGUGUGAAAUAUAGCGGUCCC